CAGUGCCCAGUGCUGCUGCCUCCGCCAGCGCGGCUGCCCCUGCCUCUCGGCUCUGCUCGUCUCCUCUGGUUUUUUCAGCCAGAGGUGCUGGAGACUCCAGUCUAUAAAUAGCAGGUUACAGCUCCUUCUACACGCACACGCGCGCGCAUAUAUAUAUACACGCACACACGCACGCACACACAAACACACACUCUCCGAAGGAGGAAAGUCGAGCUAAAAGUCUGUGGCGCCAGUGCCUGCCUGCACCUCCGGCCGCCGCCGCAAGCCCCCAGCCCCAUCUCCCUCCGGAGAGAGCCAAAAGAGAUGGUGUCGCCUGACAGGAAACCUGCUUCUUCUUAUGAAAAAUCAGACCAAGGACUCUGAAACCAGUGAAAUAUUCAUCCUUAUUGCAGUGUUGUAUUGAGGAGUACAAGAAGAAAGCACCUGUAAUUCUCAUGCAGAUCACCAUUGAGGAGACCCGCAUCUGUACCCAGAGCCCCCAGCAACACUAAUUUGGACAUCUUGGGAGCCUUCACUUAAUCUGUGAAACUAAAAAACUUAGAGAAAUAGAAAUAAAACCGUUGACCAUGGAAAUCAAGGAGGAAAAAACAGCAGAGGAAGGGCAACAUUUUCUUCCAACGGCUCAGGCAAAUGAUCUGGGAGAACUACAGUUCACAAGUAUUCAGAAGAGUGAAAAUGAGCCUAAGCUGGAAUUCAGCCUUGCAUGCAAGGACCUGGUGGCUCCUGCCCGGGAUUGCAAGUUGAACACCCUGGUCCAGAUCUCAGUGAUCCAUCCAGCAGAGCAGAGUGUGACAAGAUACUCCAGCACCGAGACUGUUGAGGGGACAAGGAACCCACUGUUUUUGACUGGUGUGACAUUUCCACCUGAAUACCCUAUCUAUGAGGAGACCAAUAUCAAACUAACGGUCUAUGAUGUCAAGGAUAAGUUCCAUGACACGUUGAGAAGCUUGCCAGAACCAGAACCAGAACCAGGUCCCCUCAUCCAGGUCCGCACCAGUGCCCUGCCUGAGAACAAGGAGCCACGGUCAGAUGUUGGUCGGAGCUUCUUGGGCUGUGCUAGUUUUAAAGUAGGGGACCUGCUGAAAUCGAAGGAGCAACUGCUAACCCUUAGCCUAAGAUCUUCCGAUGGUGGAAAAGCUGUUGGUACCAUAGAAGUCAAUCUUUUGAAGAUGGGGGAGAUAGAGGAUGGGGAAACCGACCACAUCACAACAGAUGCGCAGGGACAAAAGUCUGCAUUGGCGUGUGAGUCCAUUGCCCCAGAAGGUGUCAAUGACAAGGACAACUUACCUUUCUUAAAUGCAGUAUUAAAAAAUCCAGUGUAUAAGUUAUAUAGAUUCCCCACAUCUGAUAACAAAUGGAUGAGGAUUCGAGAGCAGAUGUAUGAGACCACACUGUCUUUUCAUAUUCCUAAGGAGUUGAUCUCCCUUCACAUAAAGGAGGACUUGAGAAGAAACCAGGAACUGAAGGAUCUUGGUGAGCUCGCACCACACUGGGAUAAUCUACGUAAAAACGUUCUUGCUCACUGUGAACAAAUGGUGAAUACGUACCAGGACAUUCUGGCAGAACUUGGGAAGCAAACAGGGUCUUCCUUCAGACCAAGCUGCAGCAAAGGGGAGAAGACAUUAGAAUUCGUUCCAAUAAACUUGCAUUUGCAAAGAAUGCAUGUUCACGGUCCCCAAUUGAAAGAUGCUUUAUAUGAUGUCAUCACAGUAGGUGCUCCAGCUGCACACUGUCAGGGAUUUAAGAAUGGUGGUCUUCGGAAGUUACUCACUCGCUUUGAAAUGGAAAGGAGAAAUACUGGAUACCAGUUUAUUUACUAUUCACCUGAAAACACAGCAAAAGCAAAGGAAGUUCUCGGCAACAUCGAUCAACUCCAGCCCCUUAUAUCAACUCACGCAGAUGGGCUGCUUAAUUCUGCCAGCCAGCAUUCUCCAGACAGCCUGAAGAAUUCUUUAAAGAUGCUUUCAGAAAAAACAGAGCUCUUUGUGCAUGCCUUCAAGGAUCAGCUGGUCAGAAGUGCCCUUUUAGCCCUCUAUACAGCCCGGCCAGGCUGUGUUCUCAAGAAAUCACCCUCUCCCAAGAGCACUGUGGCAGAGGACCAGGAUAAACCUGAAGGGUCCCUGCCCCCGAUCCAAAGGCAGGAUUCUAUCCCACAUCACUCAGACUAUGAUGAAGAAGAAUGGGAUAGGGUGUGGGCCAAUGUGGGAAAGAGCCUCAACUGCAUCAUUGCCAUGGUGGAUCGAUUACUUGAAAAAGAUGGGGGUAUCAGUGGCAACGGCGGCGGAGGCAGCAGUGAGAGCGCUCUCAAUGACUGCAGCGGCAGUACCGCUAAAGAAGGUGAACAGGAGCCUCCGCUAGCAGAUCCCACCACAGCUCACCAAAGAGGGGACUGGUAUGAGCAGCUGUACCCUCUGAUCCUCACCCUGAAGGACUGCAUGGGGGAUGUGGUGAACAGGGCAAAGCAAUCUCUGACUUUUGUGCUGCUGCAGGAACUUGCGUGCAGUUUGCCACAGUGCCUGAUGCUGACACUCAGGAGGGAUGUUGUCUUUAGCCAAGCGCUUGCAGGAUUGGUCUGUGGAUUUAUAAUGAAAUUACACUCAAGUUUGCAUGAUCCUGAUUUCCUCCAGCAGCUUCACAUGGUGGGCUUGGUUGUACAGUUUGAGGGAUUACUGAGCACAUACAGUGAAGAAAUUGGAAUGCUGGAGGACAUGGCUGUUGGCAUUUCAGAUUUGGGGAAAGUAGUUUUUAAAAUAACAGAAGCCAAAUCCAAUGAUUUCUUGCCAGUUAUAACCGGAAGGCGCGAACAUUAUGUAAUAGAGGUCAAACUUCCAGCCAGGAUGUUUGAGUUGCUGCCACCAGAGAUUAAAGAAGGGAAGCUAUUACAUGUCUACCCAGUCCUCUUUAAUGUUGGAAUCAAUGAACAGCAAACCUUGGCAGAGAGAUUUGGAGAUGUCUCUCUGCAAGAAAGCAUUAAUCAGGAAAACUUUGGACUCCUCAAGGAAUAUUGCCAGUUGUUUACUGAAAAAAUGCCUCCUGAGUGUCUAUCCCAUUUUCAAGAACAAAAUGAUCUAAAAGGAUUACUAGAAAAUCUCUACCAAAAUGUCCAGGCCAAAAAGAGAAAGAAUGUAGAAAUUGUGUGGCUGGCUGCAACGAUUUGCCGCAAACUCCAUGGGAUUCGAGUUACCUGUUGUAAGAGUGCCAAAGACAGGACGUCUAUGUCAGUUACCCUCGAGCAGUGUGCCAUUUUGAGAGAUGAACAUCAGUUGCACAAGGACUUUUUCAUCCGGGCGCUGGAUUGUAUGAGAAGAGAAGGAUGCCGCAUAGAGAAUGUUCUGAAGAAUAUCAAAUGCAGAAAAUAUGCAUUCAACAUGCUCCAACUGAUGGCUUUCCCCAAGUACUACAGACCACCUGAGGGAACAUACGGAAAAGCUGACUCCUAAGCUUCCCCCAAUGUAAACAGGAACACAAUAUGUCUCAACUGCAUAAUAUACACUUUUCGGGGUCAUGAAUGGGGGACAUGUGCACAAAUCUAGAAAUUACUUGAAUUAGUUAUCAAUACAAUAAGUUUUAAGGUGAACUAAGAACUGUUGACAAUUAUUCUGGGGAUGAAGUGGGGGAUGUAUUAUCCAGUGUUCUAUCGCAAGUCCCUAAGUGCAAGAAUGUCUUACAUUUCAAGGCAUUCGUUUUGACUCACUGUUUAGCAUUCAUUCAGAAGGUCUCUACUUUGAAAACAUGGUACUUGAAAGAGAAAUGUACAGGAAAAAAUGGUUAAUUUGUCAACAAGAGGUACUUAUUAUGUCACCAAAAACAAAACAAAAACUCCUUAAGGGUCUUAAAAGACUAAAAAGACUCAUUGUCUCAUCAUACUAUGAGAGAGCUGCUGUCCAGAUCCUUUGAGAAGUACUUUCCAAUCCAAAGUGGGAUAAACACACUGCUAAUAAAACAGAAAAAAUACUUCCACAGAAACAUUCUCCAGGAGGCAAACACCUGUUUCAAACACUUCUGUGUAGUGUAUAGAAUAUAUGUGUGAGAGCCACACAAGAGGUAAGAGCAAUAAUGGCGCUCCAAAAGGACGUCUAUAACUGGGCUUUUUUGCUCCAUUGGGCAGAUAGCUUCAGGGUAAAUAGCAAGAAGUAGUGGUCACCCCUCCAGGUGAAAUCACUCACUAUGACUACUUAAUAUGAAUGACUGCUCUCUAGAGGAGCUAGCUAACAAAAAAAGAAAAGAAAAGAAACUAAGAAAAAAGAAGCAAAAACUCAUUUAGAGUUUGGUGGUCAGAAGGAGGAAGAAGGUCCUCCUGUAGCUUCCUAUUUUACUUUAUUAUUGGUGCUUCCAAGAUGCUAAACUCAUUUUUUUCCUCUUUGCUCAAAGACUAAGUGAUACCAUUGACUUCCAAUCACCCUGAAUUAGAACUGUGAUAACCCCAAGGGGAGGAGUAGGUAACCCCUUUGGUGACAUGGCCCACUUUGGCAAUUUUGUGAAGUCUACAGACUUAUUCUUAAAAUGAAAAUUUUUAAAUACAUAAAAUAGCAUAUACGGGAUUACAAAGGAAAUGACUAUAGUAAGAUACAGUUGUCAAGUAAUUUCACAGAUCCAUGGUUAAGAACUCUUUGACUUAGAGCCAAAGUGGAAUUUUUUUUUCAAUUGAAACUUCAAGGAAAGUUUAAUAUAGGUAGCCUAUGGUUGCCCAAAUGAAAAAUUCUGAAGAAACUAAUUUCUCCUAGUGUCUUGUAUUCAACUUCCAACUAUCUCUUAGACACCUUGAUAGUAGGUUUAUAAGAAUCUACUAUAAAUGUAUAAAUUUAUAUACUAUAUAUAAAACACAAUGUAUUUAUAUGAUAGAGGUAAAUACAUGGACUGUUCCUUUUUAGACUUGGGUAAUAUUUUCUGCAGAAUAAUCUGAAACAGUUUUUAUUUUCAUUUGUGUAUCAAACCAUUUUUUGACCUAGAGGAAGCUAAAACUUAAAGAUUCCUAUAGAUGGAAAGAAAGAGGGUGCAUUUAGUCCAACUAGACAUGUUAAAGAGCAUCUAGUAUUAUAUUUCCCAGAUAAAAACUGAGCUCCAGGAAGGUGAAAUCAGGUGGUAGAGCUUGGGUUAUCUUUGCAAGCUUAUAGUAUCACAGCUAGCACUAUGAUUUAGAUCCCCGUGACACUUGAGUUCAGUGCUGGGACCUGCUCCCCACCAAGAGCUCAUAGAAAAGUUAGGGAAAGAGCAUUCAUUAUUUUGUAGGAGCAAGCCAUUGUGUUGAGCGGGAGGACCCGAAUCCAACAAGUUGAAAAAAAAAAGCAAAUUUAUUGAUUUUAUUUUAUUUAAAGUUUUCCUUUUCCCCAGAAAUGCAUAUUUCAUAGAGGUUAGCCUUUAGAAUUGGGCAUAUUUUAAAGAUCUAUCAGAAAUCUCCAAGGUUAAAAUACAUUGAUCAUGAACACCAAGGCAAUGGUUUGUAACCUUUUCUUGUAUUGUGGACAUUUUUGUCAACCUGGCAAAGUCUACAGAUCUCCUUCUCAGAAUAAUUUUUAAAAUAAAACAUGGGAGGAUUGCAAAGGAAACCAAUUAUAUAGAAAUAUAGUUGUUAAAUAUUUUUAAAUCAAGUUCAUGAAUCCUAGGUUAAGAACUCUUAUUUCAUUUGAAAUACAUGUUAUAUUUAGAUCAUGGCAGACCAUGGUAUCUAAUAUUCUAUCCUAGCCCAUAAAUCUGUCUGACUCUUCAGUGAACAUUUUUUCAGCUUUGUAGGCUUUUGAGCCAAGUGUCAAUUCCAUUUAAUAUUUUGCCUUUUGAGCUGAAACAUUGUAAAAACAUUAGUGCUUCAUCCCUCAAGUUGAUUGCCAGGCUGCUUGUGCUUAACACCUACUGGGCAGCCUACCAACAGGAAGCUGCUAGGUGUCCAUACCUAUUGAUCAAAGCACCUAGUCCCUGAUAUUGGCUUCCUUUCAGUGGUACCAAUCCAUAGUAGUGACAGGAAUACCCAAAUGGAUGAGAUGGCAGUUCCAUGGAACAUCUCCAGCAGUAUAUCAUUGUAUUGUGAUAUAAAUACAUAGAGAUGUUUUGAGUGACAGCCCUUACACACAUGGUUUUAAAGAAAAAGAUGGUUGGAUAGAAUGGAUACCGUUAGAUGCUUAUAAAAGCUCUAGUUUCUCAAUAUGUUCUAAUGUCAUGGUCAAAGUUGCAAACUGCAAUUUAAAGUUGAAAAGAUUUUCAUCUAUUGAUUAUAUUAUUGAUGAUCAAAUACAUUGUUAUUUUUCCCCUUUAGAAAAUGAAAGUAUACUUUUUACAUGGUAGUGGGAGAGAAAAUUACUGACUACUUUCUUUUUGCUCAGACCUAUAGUUUCUUUGGUGUAAGGAGCUCCUUCCUGGUCUGGAAAUUCUCUUCAACGAUGCAGAUUAAUGUAAAUUGUAACCUAAAACAGUUGUGUGGUACACAAGGAGAUUAAGUGAAUUUCCUAUGAUCACAUUAUUAGCUAAUCUGCUUAAAGGCAGGUUUUGAACUCUGAUCUUCUCAAUUGAUCACUUUAGCUUUCUUCUGUGCCAUGCUGCUUAACCCGAUAAGCUAUGUUUAAUACUAAUAUUCUCUGAAAGCAGAGUUUUUUUCAUUAAAUUAUUUUUUCUACUUCAGUUCAUAGAUUCUAUGAAUGGUGUCCAACCAGACAGUCAUAAGUCUCAUUAUUCUAUAUAGACUUCAGAUAAUUAUUACUGUGGAAUCCUAUCAUUUCCUUUAUAUCAUUGGAAAUUUAGAUUCUUUUCUACAUUUCAACUCAGACCAAAUAUGAGCACAUUUUAAAAAUACAAUUUAUCAUAAUAAUUCAUACUUAAUCCCAACAAGGAUUUUCUUCCACUACAGACAAAUUAUAAAAUAUAUUUCAAAAUAUAUCUCAGGAAUCCAUUUUUUCCCUCUCUUUUUUUGAUUCCACAAGUAUUCUCUAACCUAUCUCUUUAAAGUUUUUAGUUGAGGGGGAAAUGUCAAACAAAAUAUUUUGUUGCAUUUUUAAAAUUUCUCCUUUAAAGGUAUUUCCAAGGAAUCCUUUUCUAGUCUUAUAUUUGUGUUACAGAAAUCAUAGGAUUGAAGGAUAGUUUGAGAGCUAUGGAAGGAUAAUGAGAUCAUAAAUUAGAGCUCAUUUUAUAGACAUUGAAACUGAGAUGAAGUGAUUUGUCCAAGGUCACACAGUUAUGAAAAAGAAUUCAAACCUGGGAUCUGUGACUACAAAUCCAGCAUUCUUUCCACCAUAUUAAUGAAUGGAAUGAUUGUAUAAUGCUGUAUUUAGCCCAUAGCAUAUCCAUACCCUCAUUAUAUCAAGUGUCCAGAAAAUACUAUUAAUUCUGUACUGGUUAUCUAAAAGGAGCUAGAAAAAAUUUAAUAAAGAACAGAAUAGAGACAUUUUCAUGUUUUUUUUAAUUGCUUUGCUUUUGGAAACUCUCUCUUUAAAUAGUGAAAUAUAUCAGGUUUUUUUUUUAACCUCUUGUAGAGAGUACAUUUGAAUUCAUCAGUCCAAAUUGUGUAGUCUUGCUCUCAACCAUAUAUCACAACCAAAAUAAUUGAUUUAGUCAAAAAUGUACUUAAAGCUGUCCUUAGAUCAAAUUGACAAGAAUCAAAGAAUCUCAUAGUGAGAAGGAAUUUUAGUGACCAUCUCAUCUAAAAAGGUUCAAUACUUAAUACCUACUACAUUGUUACUAAGAUCUUGAUUGAACAUAUCAAGGGAAAGGAAAUUCACUUUCCUUAAAUUGCCUGCCAUUUAUGUGGAAUUCACAAUCCAACCCUUAAUGAAUGAAUGCAUCCUUUGAUCUUCAUUUCUAAGAGGGUCCUUUCUUCUCUUAAAUAAAUCCAUUAUUUUUGCACAAAAUGAAAUACCAAUAAAAAUUACUGUACAUUGAUAUAUAAAACUAUAAUUGUAGAUGAAAAACAACCUUCUGAUUUGAUUUUAAUCAUAAAGAAACUAGAGGACAGAAAGAGGAAAUUUUGAAUCUAGGCUUUCUUCUACAGGUUUUCAGAUAAUUUCCCAAAUUUAUUAUAUGUUUAAUGCCAUUUAAAUAGCCAUGCCACUUUUAGUAGAUAAUAUUGUCCUAAGAGAAAGACCAGAGUUCAAAUCUGGCUUCAAACACUAAGUAGCUAUGUGACCCUGGAAAAGUCACUUUACCCUGUUUGCCUCACUUUCCCCAUUUAUAAAAUGAGCUGGAGAAGGAAAUGACAAACCACCUCAGUAUCUUUGCCAAGGAAAUUCUAAAAGAGGUCAGGAAGGGUUGGACACAACUGAAAAAGACUGAAGGUCAAUGAUGACCUUGAGCAGAUAAUUUUACUGUUUUAGGCUUUAAUGUCCUUCAGGAAGGGUUUGGAUUGUAUGACCUUUCAGAUUCUCCUGCUCUAAAUCUAUGAUCCUAUGAGCCUAGGGUCCCAAGUAGCUAAAUAUUAAGAAUUAUAUAAAACAGUAUAUUGUUAAUGAAUACGUACACCCAUAUUAUAGCAACUUUUUACAAUUACUUCAAAGUCUGCAAUUUUUUCAAUAGGUCAGGGCUUGUUUAUAUAAUUCAUGGUCGUGUUUUAAUGAUUUUAAUUAAGAAAAAGGCCUAUGGUUAAUACUAAUGUUUGAUUGCCAUAGUGAAGACUGGGACUAUUCCCUAACUUUGUUUCUAUUCCCUAAAAGGGAGUUUUGGCAACUGCAAUAAAUAAACUAGACAUGAACAAGCAAACAGAAGUGGAAAAAAAAAAAGAAAGAAAGAAAGACUCUCUACAUGGUUUGGGGGAUUUGAAUUUUUUUUGUUUGCCUCCUAAGCAUUUGCUACAAGUUGGGAGAAAAAAAAUAAUGUAUUAGCCUGCCCAGCUUCUAAUAAAUAAGAGAUCAAUCGCUGUUCAAACUGUUAGUUUAAGCAAAUUAAACUCUGGCAAACUGCUAAAUCACCCCAGAUGCUGUAGGUGCUUGAUUUCGAAGAAAUGCAGGGUCUCAUUUAUUUAACUCAAUAGAUGUGAUGUCUUUUGUAAUCUCUGAGGAAAUAAAUUAACUUUUUAUCACUAGGUUUAAAAUGUAGUUGAGAAAAACUGUGAUCAGCAGUUAUCCUGUGAGGCAAACACAUUGAGCACAAGGCAUUUCUAAUAGUUGGGAGGUUUUUAAAAAAAAUUACUACAGAAAAGAAUGAUUUGCUGUAAUAUGUGUAGUUGGCAGACAGUUCUGAAAUGAUUUCACAUCACUGCAGCACUUCCAUAACCCAAACAAGUCAGGCAUUUUCCAUACUGAUGCUUUUAGGUUUUCUAAAGGGGAUUACAAGAGCACAGACUAUGGAUUUUGUCUUUUCUUCCCUUAGCAGUUAUUAAUGGAAGCUUUGUGUCCAAACAGGUGUUAACAGUAAGGACAAAGCCUUAUAAAAUGGGGGAAGUAAAGUGAAUUUUAAGAUGAAUGAUGAGAGGACCAUUAAAGCAAAAUUUUUGGAAGUUUGAGGUUUAUCUCUUCACAUGUAAAACAUGGCAACUAUUCUUUGAAUUUUGUUAUCAAAGAAGAUAUAGAUAGUUGCCUAAAGCAUUUGCAUUCUGAAAAGAAUAAGUUUUUGUUAGGUUUUUUUUUCUUUAGGCAUAUAUACCUACAAAAUAUUCUAGGCAUAUAUGGAAAGUAUAGGCAAACUCAUGGAAAAUGUAAAAAUGGUACAAAAUAGAAACCAUCCUAUUUUUCUAUAUAAUCACUUUCCCUAAAUAAGAAAAAGAAGAUCAGUUAACACUUGGAAAUGAUUACCUGAAAAGAAUAAACAAAAAAAAAAAAAAGCUAAUAGAAGACAUUACUGAUCACAUAUGAAAAAGAAGACAUGACCUGAUACAAAUUUAGAAUUUAAUACGUAGAAAGAAAUAAGAGAGCUUUGUUUAAUACUUAGGAAUGAUAAGCAGAAGAAAAAAGAAACAGACCUAGUAGAGGAAAAAAUAACUCGCUGAUGAUGAUAUAAACUAGAAUGGUUAAAAUAGAUCUGGCUCCAGAGGUCCCCAAUGAGCAAAUUGGUUUCUUUAAAAAGGAAGAUGACCUUUUUAAACCUAUAGUCUAUCAAUUAAUCAUUGUGCCUUUUAAGGGAAAAAAAAAUCAGUCCCUUUGUGAAUCUAACUUAGUCUCAGAAAUUAAGUUCCUCACUAGCAGGAUCCAUCUACAUUAGUCUCUGAUUUGUGACCUUGUACAUGUUGGUAGACUAGGAUUUAGGAUUCACAGCAGUUUUGUUGUUUUUUUUUUCAAUUUACUCCACAGGCAAUAUUAGUCUUGCUUUCAGUUUGUAAUCCAAAGUAUAUUUCACAGUUAGGAUGCUAUUUAUGCAAUGGUUGCAAGAAUUUGCCAAACAUAGAAGCAGAGAACUUAUUUGCUGUUUUGUAGGACAGUGUAGAUACCCCUUCACCAGAAUCACUUCACUCAUCAGUGUCCCCUUUUCAUGUCAUGUACACAACCUUCUGUACAUAUGUGUUCUGGAAUGGAUAUUCUGUCGUUAAUUCUUUUUUUCCAUAUACCCACUUUUCUGAUUCAUGUGGUACUAUCCAAAAGGCUAUCGUGGCCUUUCCUCUCCUUUCGGGUGUGGUAUCUAUUCCAGUUGAACUGACAAUGUGUGUUUCUUCCUUAAAGAACAAUGCACAGAUACUUAAGCCAACUCCUUCUCAUUGAUAUUUUAGAAACUCUUAUUUUUUGUUUUGUUCUGUGUAAACCAUAUUCAUUGUACACUGUGUGUAUAUUUUUGUUUAAAUAAAUGUGACUUUUAUUUUUUA